GAGAGAGAAAGAGAAAGAAAGAGAAUUGAAGAAGAUUGGUAGAGAUGGCGGAGAUGGGAUUUGCAGGGUUGAGCCACCUCUUUGUGACGGUUUUUCUGUACUACUCGGCCAAUUUCAUGGUGAUACCAGCUAUCACUGACGUUACAAUGUCUGCUCUCUGCCCUGCCAUGGAUGAAUGCUCCAUUGCUAUCUAUCUCACUGGAUUCCAACAAGCGAUCAUAGGGUUAGGAACGCUUGUUAUGAUGCCUAUCAUUGGGAACUUGUCAGAUGAGUAUGGGAGAAAAACAAUGCUCGCACUCCCAAUGUCUCUCUCCAUUAUUCCCUUAGCAAUAUUGGCUUAUAGAAGGACGAAGCAAUUCUUCUACGUGUACUACGUGCUCAGGAUUCUCACUUCCAUGUUUUGUGAAGGCAGCGUCCAAUGCCUCUCUCUCGCCUAUGUGGCAGACAACAUUCCGGAGGGUCGAAGAGCGUCGGCUUUCGGGAUUCUGUCGGGUAUCGUGUCUAUAGCAUUCAUCUGUGGAACUCUAACUGCUCGCUUCCUCUCCACUGCUUUGACAUUUCAGGUUUCAGCGACAGUGGCGGUGCUUGCAGCCUUGUACAUGAAAGUUUUCGUUAGGGAUUCAAUCGGCGGCAUUGAUGCGGCUUCCCUGCGAACAAUCUCCAAGAAGACAAACAAUGUUGUUCACUUCGAUGACGAUUCCUCCAGGAAGAUACGACUGUUUAGUAGAAUCCCUUCAGUGGAAGAGAUUCUUUACCUUUUGAGGAUUAGCACAACCUUUUCACAAGUAACAGUUGUUGCAUUCUUCAACAAUCUUGCUGAGAGCGCGCUUUCUUCUUCUUUAUUGUACUUUUUAAAAGCCCGUUUCCACUUUAGCAAAGAUCAAUUUGCGGAUUUAUUGUUGAUAUCAGGGUUUGCAGGGGCCAUCUCUCAGCUAGUUCUUAUGCCCAUAUUAGUACCAUUUUUGGGAGAGGAAAAGUUGCUUAUGAUAGGGCUUUUUGCUAGUUGCACACAUAUGUUUCUUUAUGCCAUAGCAUGGUCUUCUUGGGUUCCAUAUGUCGCCUCUAUGUUCUCUAUUUUGCUUGUUUUCGCACCUCCGUGUUUAAGGAGCAUUGCUUCCAAACAAGUUGGUCCCACUGAGCAGGGGAAAGCUCAAGGAUGUCUUUCAGGCAUAUGUUCACUCGCCAAUAUUAUUUCUCCAUUAGCUUUGACUCCUCUGACAGCAUUGUUCCUAUCAAAAAAUGCACCAUUUCACUUCCCAGGCUUCAGUAUUAUGUCCAUUGGAUUUUUCCUAUUGAUAGCCUUCAUACAGAGUACAAGGAUUAGAGUAGAUCCUCCAAUUUCAAGCUACAAAAUUAGCAACAGCGACUAUAUGGAGGCCUAGCAUUCGACAAGAAAAAGUUUCAGACAUAGAACAGCAACUCUACUCUAGGCUUCCAUCUUGAUCUUGGUGACACUCUUAACUCGUUCCACGUGUCAAAGCCAUACUAUUACAUGUAAAAGAGAGCUGAAUUUGAGGACUCAUUACCUCUUUGGUUCAAACAAUCUCAAAACUGAUGCCUUUGUUUAAAUUCCCACACCCAAUUGUAUUUAUUAGAGAAUCUGUCAACCAUUCAUGA